GGGCGGAGCGUGCAGCCCUUGGCGCGGCUAAAGGUUCCUCAUCCCCGGCUCUGGUGGUUGUUUAGUACCUGCUCGGCGUGGAGAGGGACGGUCCCUGUCUGAGUUAUGGAUUUUGAAAAUCUCUUUUCAAAGCCCCCCAAUCCGGCCCUCGGCAAAAAACCGGCCGCCGACCCUAAGGAAAGAAUUGAUGAAAUAGAUGGUACUGAAGUUGAAGAAACACAGACAGAGAAAGUCAAAUGGAAAGUAAAGCGGGACUGUGAACAAAUUCCCAAGAAAUUUAAGCACCUUGGAAACACUGCAACAUCACCAAAGAGUUUGCCACGUAAAAAAUCAAGAAGUAAGGACUAUGACCCAUACAGUGAUGGUGAGACAUACAGUCAGGAAUCAGAAGAUAAUUUUGACAAAGAGCUUCAGCAGUACAUACAAGCCAAAGAAAUAGCAAACACAAGUCAACCAUCACUGCUUCCUGAAGAAUCUGUGAAGAAAGCAGGAGGAGAUGCCCAGCAGACUGCCAAACAAAAAAAUAAAAAAUCUAAAGCUGGUCACAAGAAAUUUAAGCAGAAGAAAAUGAAGCGAAAGUGGCCUGGCACUGGAGACAAAGGGUCAAGGGCCUUGCUGAAGAACAGUGGCUCCCAAGAAAAGGCUGAUGCUGAGGAGAAGCAGCCCCGUGUGCGGAUGAGUCAGGGCUUUAUCAACCAGCACACGGUGGAACGCAAAGGGAAGCAAGUUUGCAAGUACUUCCUUGAAAGGAAGUGUAUUAAGGGAGACCAGUGUAAGUUUGAUCAUGAUGCAGAGAUAGAGAAGAAAAAGGAAAUGUGUAAGUAUUACGUACAAGGAUAUUGUACCAAGGGUGAGAACUGCCUGUAUUUACAUAAUGAAUAUCCUUGCAAGUUUUAUCAUACAGGAACAAAAUGUUAUCAGGGUGAUCACUGUAAUUUUUCUCAUGCCCCGCUGACUGCUGAAACACAAGAACUAUUGGCUAAAGUUUUGGAUACUGACAAGAAGUCCUGCAAAUAGACUAAAAAGCAUGUAGAGGACAAAUCUAUUCCUGUUCAGGACUUUUGAAGACUGAUGACUUGGAAUAGUUCAUAAGAUUCCUCGGUUAAGGCUCCUUCCUGUGUCGUUGUGAUCGUGUGCAGCUCCUGUUCGAUGUGCACAGUGGUGGAUCUAGUGCUCAACAGAAGGGUGGUUCUGCACUAGGCCAGGCGAGGAGAACCUGCAUGCUGGAUAGAGGUCGAUGCUGUGCUAUGCUGUGCUAGCUUGCAGAAAUCUCGAACAAGCACAAAAUAGGCAAAGAGAGGUUAAACGAGGAUGGGAGAAAUAUCAGGAAGGAUGAUGAUAGCUGCUAGGGGAUAUUGGGGUAAUAAAUAAGUCACACCUCUACAUGUCAUUAAAUACUUUGCACAAUGUUUAGCAAUAAUUCAGAGUUCCACUUUAUGGUUUAGCAUAAAAUGUGGUUCUGUGAUCUUUUAUAAAAAUUUCCUGUUGAAUAUUUGUUUCUAAUUAUUACCAUUAUAAAUAAAGUAGGAUAAUAUCUCUUGC